AUCAAGGCGAGGAGGAGAUGAGACCUUGCAGCAGAGAGCAUAUGCCUCGCAAAGUUCCCAGCCCCGCUUGUUCCCUCCUCUAAUAUUCCCCUCCGCCCAUGGAAUAUCCCCGGAAUUCCAACCCAAACCUGUUGUCUUCGUUUUCACUCCCUCUCCCGCUUAUAUACGCAACGGCAAGCUCGCCCUCUCCCACGCCCCGACGCGCCGUUACGCAGCUGGGCCGUGCACGCUUGCGCAAACCGAAGGAUUGCCGCUCCGUUAUUGGUCUCCUCCUCGGGUGCUGGCGGCGGGAGCAAUGGCGAUUGGCGGGAAGGAGAUCAAGGAAGACCUGGAGGAGGCGCCGCCACUGCUCCUGGACGAGGCCGCGCGCCCGCGCCGCGUGGCGCUCUUCGUUGAGCCGUCGCCGUUCGCCUAUAUCUCUGGGUAUAAGAACCGCUUCCAGAACUUCAUCAAACACUUGCGUGAAAUGGGAGAUGAGGUCAUUGUUGUGACCAACCAUGAAGGAGUUCCCGAAGAAUUUCAUGGUGCCAAGGUUAUUGGCUCAUGGAGCUUCCCAUGUCCCAUGUAUGGAAAAGUCCCGCUUUCGCUGGCACUCAGUCCUAGAAUCAUUUCGGAGGUUGCAAAGUUCAAACCUGACAUUAUUCAUGCAUCUUCACCUGGAAUUAUGGUUUUUGGGGCUCUUGCUAUUGCUAAGCUUCUCAGCGUGCCCCUAGUCAUGUCCUACCACACUCAUGUCCCAGUGUAA